AUGAGAGCUGCGUGGUGUUUAGUUUUUAUAUCUAUUGGAGCUGUUUGUGGAAAACUUGUUGGGAACUUUCAGGUAGUUCUCAUUCCUCUAGAAGCGGGAGCUGAAAUUGCCAAAGUAUCAUUGGAUUGUGUGAAAAAAAUGAGUUUGGAGCCCGACAUUAUGAAGAGAUAUUUCGCCUGGGAAUUAGAAGACUCUGAGACUAAUAGAAAGUACAUAUUCUGCCUUGGAAAUAACUCAGGAUACAUUGAUGACAAUGGAUACAUAGUUAAAGAUAAAGUUCUUCAAAUUGUAGGACCACAUAAAGCGAAAGUAGACGCCGUUGUUGAAGAAUGUAAUAAACCCAAAUAUACUGACAAAUAUGAAGCAGUAUUCCGUAGGGUCAUGUGUUUCAAAGAAAACACCGGAUUGCAGUUAAGAGUGGUG